AUGCUGUUUAACAGGAGGAAUUUCAUCAGUAUUGCAAAAGUAGCAGGGACCAACAAGCAGCUGCUGCGACAGUUUUGGUAUGGGACACCAGCUCAAAUGAAUGUUGAUCUGAAAGGUCGGAAUCUCCUUACUCUACAGAACUACACAGCUGAUGAACUGAAGUAUUUGCUGUGGAUGGCAUCAGAUUUGAAACAAAGGAUAAAGCACAAAGGAGAGUAUUUGCCUUUGAUGCAAGGCAAAUCUUUGGCCAUGAUUUUUGAGAAGAGAAGCACAAGAACAAGAUUAUCUGCAGAAACAGGAUUUGCUCUCCUUGGAGGGCAUGCUUCCUUCCUUACAACACAAGAUAUACAUCUGGGCACUAAUGAGAGUCUCACAGAUACAAUAAGGGUGCUGUCCAGCAUGACAAAUGCAAUCUUGGCUCGAGUUUAUAACCAUAAUGAUCUGGACCUAAUGGCAAAAGAAGCCACGAUCCCAGUAAUCAAUGGAUUGUCUGAUUUAUACCAUCCUCUUCAGAUUUUAGCUGAUUACCUAACUCUUCAGGAGCACUAUGGAGGGCUGCAGGGGCUCACCGUGGCCUGGAUCGGGGAUGGCAACAACGUCCUGCACUCCUUCAUGGUGAGCGCUGCAAAGCUGGGAAUGCACCUGAGGAUUGCCACUCCCAGGGGCUUUGAACCAGACCUCAGGAUAACUAAAAUAACUGAACAGAACUCCAAAGAGUAUGGUACCAAGUUACUUCUCACAAGAGACCCUUUGGAAGCUGCAGACAGUGCCAAUGUCUUAGUCACAGACACUUGGAUAAGCAUGGGACAAGAGGAGGAGAAGAAAGAAAGACUAAAGGCCUUUCAAGGUUAUCAGAUUACAAUGCAGACUGCAAAAUCUGCUGCUUCCAACUGGACUUUUUUACACUGUUUACCCAGAAAGCCUGAAGAAGUUGAUGAUGAAGUAUUUUAUUCUCCACAGUCAUUAGUUUUCCAGGAGGCUGAAAACAGAAAAUGGACAAUUAUGGCUGUCAUGGUUUCCCUGCUGACAGAUUACUCACCACAGCUACAAAAACCCACAUUUUGAUGCUUGGAUUCCUGCC